UUAGCAUAAACUUUCAUUGCAUUUUGAAAGUCAUUCAUACUUUGAAAUAUAUUUUGUGAUCAUUCGGGAUUUAAGCAAACAUGUGUUUUGUGUAAAUAUAUAUUUGUUAUAGAACCAAAAUGUAAAAAAAUUCUCAUAUAACUUGGAGAUUGCAGACUGUCCAGAAAUUAUUCCAAAAAUAUAUUAAAAGUGAUUGAAAUUAAAUGAAAUCAUUUGGAUAUGUAAGCAAUAUAAUAAAACAGGUGGUUCAGCAUGGUAGCAAUGGUAAUGGUGACAGACAACAGCUUUUGAUGACAGCCAAGUUGUCAUGACAACUAGAGGUCAACUGUCAGAUGUCAUAAUGAAGUGUUUUAGACUGGUUCCCAAAAUUUCUGCAUUUACAUCGGGAAAUUAGAGAUGUCUGGAUGGAACAGUCUGUCUGGUUACCUGCACUACAAAUCUGGAACCGCGUUUGGCCGUCUCAUCCUGAGACGUAAGGUGUGGUCAGUGCUAGAUGAAGCGCAGUGUCAUCUCGUGUUAUACAAACAUGAGGACGAUGUUCACAAGCAGCGGAGUCCGUACCUUGUUAUCACGCUACAGGGCUCGGCAAUCUCUCUUGAUCUGGAACAUCAGAACCAGUUCAUAAUUUUGAGCGAGAAAAAGGAGCAUGUAUUUACAGCUGAAAACCAUGAAUCUAUGAUGAUAUGGCUCCUUGGUGUACAGUCAAAACGUGAAAAAUAUGUCCGUCAAUUAACAACGACCAAUUCACAAGCAUCUGACUCGAACCAAGAAGACAGCAGGAUGUGGAAUUGCAAACCCAGCCUCUAUUCCAGCAUGUGUAGGAGCCCAAAUACGAGCGCCAGAGAGACCCAGAGCGCGAAAAGCUCACCUGUCCUUCAAAGACAAACCAAGUUCAGUUGGGACAAGUCUGGAGACUCGGGGUUUGAUCCAGGAUUAAAGAAAACCUGGGACCAGAACGGUAUAAUGUCAAGGUCACUGCCUCCCGUCUUUGAAGGGCUCGAGUCUUCGAAGAGUUUUCCACUAAACCGGGGUUACCCUCGACAGAAUUUUGCAAGGGCGAAGCUUGCCAGUACCCAGAAUGCAACGUCGUUUGAAAGUGACUGUGAUGACGUGUUCAGCAGAGAGAUGCUUGAAAUCCAUCAUCAGGAGCCACCAAUUAGCAAAAACUGGCGCAAAAUCCAAUUGGUUGUCAUGGGUCACGUGGUCGGUGGCCAUGACACUUAUGUUCCUGGUCAUCUAGCCAAUGAGAGGAGGAGUUAUAGUUCAAGAUCAGCAUCGAGUGAUUCAGCGAUUGAGCGUGGAGAAGGGACGCCACAAGAAUUGUCCGCCCGCCUCCAAGAACUGGAGAAAGAACUAAUUUCCACGAAAUGUGAGCUUGCGAAGGUUUUGAACAGACAGACAUGUUUCCAGGAGUUGUUAUACCACAGGGAAGACACGAUAAAACAUCUGGAGCAACAACAGCAGAAUGGCGACGCUGGCACUAAGCACGAUGAUCAGACAAGGUGCAAUAAGAAAGGUGGGAAGUUUGACCAGGAUUUUCAGGAGAGGGUUCGCGUGCUGCAGAAUCAGAACCGCUUUCUCAACGAGGAAGUGCGCAAACUGUCACGCCUUCGAUCGCAAGAUCAGGGCAUGUACCAGGAACAAGUCCUGAAACAGCAGAGUCUUGAAGCAGACAUAGACCAAUGGAAGAUGGAUUACGUAAGCCUGAUCCAGUCCAGUAUCCGGCAUCCAGAUGAAACAGCAGAGGACGUACAGCUGUGUUUGUACGGAGGAGACAAGCACAAGAAGAGAGUGCAGUCCCUUUUGGAAGAGGCCAGAAAGAUCAACCCCCGACUGCCAACAUAUGACAGCUUGGCCAACAAUGAAGUACAUGUGGAUGGCUAUGGAUUCAAACACGUUUAUACAAACACAGGACUACUUCUCCACUACUUGUGCACAGAACUGACUCAUCACUACCUCAUACAAGCUGGGGUGUAUGAAGAACAUCAGAAGAGAUGGACGAUAUUUAUGAGACAGCAUGGGAAAGACCCUGUGAAAAGUCUUCCCGAGUUGAAGACAUUGUGUCGAGCGGGCAUCCCGGACCGAUUUCGCAAACAGGUCUGGCGUCAACUUGUCAGAUACAGGGUGCGAGAUCUCAUCAGAGAAAAGGGAGAUUACUAUUACCGUAACCUUUGUAACCUGCUACCAGAAUCUCCACUUGCGGCCUGCUACCGGAAGCAAGUUUCUCUUGACCUGAUGAGGACUAUGCCCAGCAAUGUCAAGUUCACAACCGUUGGUUCCAAGGGGAUCAUGGACCUUCAAGACAUAUUGCUGGCAUUCUGUAUCCACAACCCGACGAUUGGCUACUGUCAGGGAAUGAACUUCAUUGCAGGGAUGGCUCUCAUUUUCAUGGAACCGGAGGACGCCUUUUGGACGCUGGUAGCAAUUGCAGAGUCCUACUUUUCGCCGCAUUAUUUCGAUCAUAGUCUUAUAGGCGCACAAGCCGACCAGCAAAUCUUGAAGGAAAUGGUGCAGGAAAAGUUACCCGCUCUUAGUGCUCACCUCGAGGCAAUCGACAUAGAGUUAUCUACCGUUACUCUCAACUGGUUCCUCGCUGUGUUUUUCGACGCGGUUCCUUUUCAGACGCUUCUUCGAAUGUGGGACUGUUUUCUAUUGGAAGGGCCGAAGGUUUUGUUUCGAUUUUCCCUCGCAAUUCUCCAACUUCAUGAAAACGACAUUCUGCAGAAAUGCGACACGAUGGGUGUGAUGAAACACCUGAAGGCGUGCACGAAACUUACGUACGACGUUGAUGGGCUCAUGCAGCUAUCUUUCGAAGGUAUGAGACCGUUCCCGAAGCGUCGCGACAUUCAGUCCCGUCAGACAUGCUAUCUGAACGCGCUCAAGGAGAAAUACAAGCGGAAGGAGCUACAGAGACUCGCGUUUGCAGAGCGGGAACAGAUGUAUAUGAGUAUGGAGGCAGAAUCAGGAAGUUUUCUCGGCAUCGAAUGUGCUGUCACCCUUGACAACGGAAGGGUGUGGUUUUGUUACGGGGACCAGAACAUGGGGCGACUUUGCUGCGUGUCAUGUGACUCCAGUACCAUGUUCACUGUUGAUUUCAAGCUGGAGACACGUGUCAUGUGUAUGUGUGCACUGGGAACCAAUGAACUGCUGCUGGGGACCAUAUCAUGGCAACUGGUUGCCAUAGAAACACAAAAUCACACUUCAACUUGGCAGGUGCAGCUGCAUGAUGCGAUCCUGUCUCUGUGUUGCUAUGACGACAGCGAGGCAAACAUGACAAGGAUCUUCGCAGGGUUGGCUGAUGGCACAGUAGCGGUGAAUGAGAAACAAUACAACCAAUCGGAGCCAAAUCUGGAUGUGAUAUAUGUUACGAUUGGUCAAGCCCCCGUCACUUGUCUGAUGUUGCUAGGAGACCAAGUUUGGUGUGCCAGCGGCAACACUGUUGCAAUCAUGCAUGCCAAAACCCUAGACGCCAUGGACAUUUUCUCCGUGUCAGUCAACCCCUAUGAUCACAUUCUGUCGCUGUGUGUCAGUCCGUUCGGCAUCUGGAUUUCUCUCAGAGGAUCGUCAAUCUUGGAGCUGUGGGACCCAAAGACGCUGAACUGUCGAAUGCUGUAUGACACACGGACUGACAGAUACCCACAGCUGAGGAAGGAAGAUGACACAUAUUUUAACAGAGCUCGAAUCACCUCCCUGCUGGCAUAUGGGGACUCAGUGUGGGUGGGGACGGGGGAGGGAAACCUGGUCGUGUACGGGGUCAUGGAGUCUCUACAGCUAGCCACGCCCACUGACCUGUCACCCUCCAUUGAAACAACUUCUAGCAUGUCGUACAUAGUCCGGCCUUCUAAACAUAGGGAAUACCAGUCUGAGCCCAGAUUGACUGGUCGUGAGCAGAAACAUCCUGAAAGCAGUAACCAGUCAAGUCUUGGCCUGCAGCAGGAUUCCGAUGAAAUUGAAUAUGAAGACAAUGCUGAAGACAAGUUUUGUACCAAUGGAGAUGGAUUGAACAAGCAAGCUGUAUCAAAGCCCAAACUCUCAUUAAGAAGGAGGAGCUCUUCAGAAAAUGACAUUGACUUUCUCAUGGCCCACAGAUACCUUAAUGACAUAAGCAGUAAUAUGGAAAAGCUUUUAGAAGGUCAAGGACAAGGACAAACCAGUCAAGGUCAUGUUGAAGUUGAAGGUCAGUUUCAAAGUCUUUGUGUUCCAGGAAAAAUUGAAAGAAAUUGCUCUGAAAAUGACCUUGAACUAUUAGAGAAGAUUAGAAACUACUCAGUAGACGAUGAAGAUGUGGCUCAAGCAGUCGAAGAAGAUGAAGAGAUUGAGAUGGAAAGAAUUGCAAGAAAAAAUAGUGCUACUAUGCUUAAUGAAGACGAGUCCUUCACUUCAAUGAAAAAUCAAAUCUCAAGUCAGAAACUAAGUGUUGAGAGUAGGUUUGACAUUGACAGUGGAUCAGGUAGAAGUCGAGUUGAUAGAAGAAAGAAUACUGAGAAAAGAGGUGUAUUUGAGCAAAGAAGAAGUGCACAAAAUGUUAGUCAAGAACGGGGAUCCACCGGAGGUUCUCUCUGGAGUGAAGAUUCAGGUUGUGAGUUAACUAGUAAGAAGGCAAGAGGACUUGAGUCAAAGAAUUCUGAGGGCAGUGGAUCAGUGAAAAGAAGCCUCUUUACUCAAACUGUUGUCAGCAGUGUUGAUAUGGAAGAGGAUGUUUUUGAAGCUAGAAUGGAAGAGAAAGCUAGAAGAGAAAGUUUUGCUUCUAUGGUAAUGGACCAAGUGUCAGAAAAUCCUGAUGUUCAGGUUGAAAGAAGUUCUGAUUCGGAGAAAGUGCGGUUUAUUGAUAAGCAAGAGAGUUUAUUGAAUAAAAAUGGGACAGUCAUAAGUAUUUACUUAGAAGAUAGAAGCGACCACAGUAACGAGGCACAUGUGUAUGCAAACAAUCAAUUAAGUAUUGUUAAUGGGGGAGGUGCACGUGGAAUUAGUUUUGAUGAAGACUAUCUUUCGAGUGGUGCCUCAGUUUCUGUUUCCCCAGCUGUCACACCCGAAAGUAAAAAAACUGUUAGAAAAAGGCUAUCACAGCUUGGUAGAUCAAUAGAUAGUGAUGAGGGAAGGGAUAAAAAUGAUAUUCUGACAAGUGGAUUGCAAAAUGGGGUUGAUGAUAAUGUUGAUGAGGAUGAUGAUGAUGACGAUGAUGAUAUUGUUGAUGAUGAUGAUGAAGAUUUGAGGGUUUUCAAUUUCACUAAAGGUCGCAGAAGGUCAAGUGCUAUUGAGGACAUGAGUCAGUUGUGUUCGGAGUGUAAAAAACUGAAAUCUAGGUGUAAGGAUUGUACUCUUCUAUUGCAAAGUCAGGAGACAAUGAAAGUAUUUGAAACGCGAAGAAUAUCUCUUAGCUGCUCCCCCUGUGAAGAGCUGGACAAUAAGGCAUUAGAGAAUAAAUCUAGGAGAUUGAAUGGAGUACAGAAGUUUGAUGGAGAUUUUAUUGUUCAUAGAAGCAUAGAAGUGGAUGAUGAUGAGGUCAAUGUUGAAACAAGUCAACCUUUGACAAAUAAGUGCAAUAAUGAUGACUCACACAGUGCAAUAUCUGGUGAAUGCAAUCUGGUGAUCAAUAAAGUGCCUUAUGGAAACCAAGACGAUACAUGUAAAGAGAUUGUGGAUGAUUCAGAGAAAUUUACUGUAGAUAAGGGUAAUGACGUGGAAGAUGAGAAAGGUGAAAUUAGAAGGGGGAGUUUGUCGGAUAGUGAAUUGAGCAGGACUAGGGAAGGGUAUGAAAUGGAGGAACAUCAUGGAACACAGGUGAAGAUGUUUCCUUCAGAAAUUCAAAGUUGCGGAGAUAUUUCACGACAGGAAAAAGUUGGUUACUGGUUAUCUUCCAUAUCCCAUGGUAGCACUGGUUUCCAUGACAACAGCAUGCCUAGCAACUGUGGUUACCAUGGAAACAGUGGAAUAAAUAGCAAAAGGACUGUGAAUCAUGAAAGAGAUCUACAUGAUAUUGGUCAAAGCAUGCAGGAUAGAAGAAAUAGUGGACUUGUUGGUCAGGAAAAUGAUGGUUGCCAUGGAAAUAGUUGUGAAAGUGAUCACAAGUCAAGGUCAUAUGCUAAAGAUAGAAGGCCUUCAGGUCAAAGUGACAAAGGUAACAACGAAAAUUUUCUUAAAGCAGAAAACAAAAAAAUUGGAAGUGGUAAAACUUCACCUGACAGGCCACACACACUUAACCUCAUAGGUAAACUCAAGAGUUUCUAUGGUGACCAAAAGUCAAAGAAGUUAGAUGAUACACAAGGGUCAAAGGUCAAACGUCAUGGGUCAACAUCUGCAGAUUCAGGGAGCUCAACACAGAAGAGUGCCAAAGUUGUACAUGUCAAUAGAGGAGACCAAGAUGCCCAAUACAGACUGGAUUUCUCCAAUGUAGUUGUGGACACAGAGAUAGACUGUGGGCACAUUACUCCAAAUGGUGAACGGCGGUCAUCUCAUAACUCCCACAGUGACCUUGACCUUCAAUCAGACUUUGACCGCCACAGGACAGCCAUGCUUGAGAGAGACUCACGAAAAAACUCUCUCGAUCUCGGCUGCAUACAAGAAAAGUGUUCUCGACUGGAAUCUGACGUUUCCAUGGCAACAAGCAGUCAUGGUUCACUGAACUCGUUGUCAGGAAGUCUCGGUUCACUGGACUCACUGAAUUCGUCGCCUAGCAGCAAGGGUGCGACCUCUGGGGAAGGACGAGGGUCAGAGAGAAAGAAAUUGUUUGAAUUUUUGAAGACACCGAGUUUGGCUAGUAGGCAAGCGUCACUUGGGCUGAAGAUCAUCGAGGAUGAUAUUGAGUGGACAGAAUUGUACAGCGGGAAUUAUACAUCACAGUCACCUUCAAGCUCCACAGAAAAGAGGAUUGCCGACUUCCUCCGCACCCCCAGUAUAAGUAGCAAACCCAGCUCCCUGUGGUCAAGUUAUGAAAACAUCUCCACCCCUUCCCAGGUAUGCCCCACCCCUACCCCACCUGUAGACACAAGGCCCCACACGCGGGACAAGAGGUGGCUCCACCCAGGGACCCCCAGCUAUGGGAGGGGCAGGCUCAGUCAUAGCCCAAGUAAUGCUUCAAUAGGCAGUGAAGGUGACCUACUUUACAAUGUGGACUUGAACAUGGAGGCCAAGAUGAAGAUCUCUGACAAGCCAAUCAAGUAUCUCCUGGCAACCAGUUGCAAAAACGAGCCUCUUAUAAUCAGUUUCUCGGGUUCGUUCGGGGACGACGAAGCUGUUUUAAAGUGGAGAAAACACGAGAAUGAGCAACUGUGGACCAAUGAGCCAAUCCUGGAAGUGUGUCCCCAUACAAAGAUGACCAUCCUACCCACCUACAUGAGGAGACGCAUGUCAAGUAACUCUUCAUAUAAAAGUUUCUCCAGUUGCCAUAGUGAUCUGUCUCACAGGAAGUGAUGUCAUCAUGGCAUGAACUGAUGUUUUCAUGUUAUCCAGUUACUCUUCAUUUAUUAUCUUCUUCAGUAAUUGUCGCCAUAGCAAUUUGGAUGUGAUGUCAUAGUGACAGGAGUGAUGACAUAAUGUAAUAAUAAUUUAUUUGAUGUGAUAACGCCUCAAUGAUGUCGUUUUGACAAAAUUUAUGUCAAUGUUAUGAUUGUAUGAUCAAUGUACAGGAAAUCAUGAAACCAUGCGACAAAAGAGAAUGAUGCCAUCAUGCAAUAGUAAAAACUCAAUGAUGUCACCAUUUGACGUAAGAAUGGUGAAAUCAAGAAACAGGAAGUGAUGUCACUAUAUGGGAUAAUCGGCAGUGCUCUUGUUUGUUUGUUUUUGUAAUGUCACAUUAGCUGCAAUAAAAACGUCUUGUAUCAGUUUUACAGAGUUAAAAAAAUAUAUCUUUGUGGCAAACUGUUCUUUGAACUGAAUGUUUUGGUAGUGAAUGUCAUAUUUUUCCAUGUGAUUAUGUAAUUGUUGCCUUACAUUUGUUAUGAACGAUUAAAAUAAGGCAUUAUUCUUCCACUUAACAAUAAUAUUACGAUGUAUGAAAAGGUUGUGUUCAUUACAAAUUGUAACAUUUGUUGUAUUGCAUAUACAGUAAAACUGCGAUCGCUCGAAGUCGCCGGGGACCGAGCCUAAACCUCGAGGGAACCGAUGUUUCGAACAACCCGAUUUUCAAUUCUCCAGUCUGUUAUGAAAUAUAUUUCAGUGUAUUUCAAGUAUGAAGUAGUCUGUUUACUAAGACAACGAUUAUGUGUUGCGUUGUGGAAAUCGCUGAUAUGUUCAAAGGCUGUCGUUUACUUUAUGUAUACUUAAAUAUAAAAUGUAAAAGAAAUAUCAAUAAAUCAGUAAAAAAUUUUACCAAAUAGCCAUAUUGCAAAGCAAAGUGACAAAAAGGAAAUAUUUUCAGAGAUUCCAAUGCUGGAUCGAUAUCGUAGUGUUUAUUCAUAUUUUUAUUACUCAUUUACAUUUCUCACAAUUAACUGCUCGUCAUUAACUUCUCAUUAUUAUGUCCUAAACUGCCCAUAUCAACUAAUAUCGGUCAUGCGUUAACAUUGUUAAACGGUUGUUCACACCUUAUAAAUUGCCUUUCAACUGUCAUUGCAAUUUUUACAACUUGCGAAAAUUUAAAUACCUAGCAAUUGUUUGUUUAUUUUGGAACAUGCGUUCGGAAAAAAGUAUGAAAUUAUGACCCGAGGGAGCCAUAAGGUUUUGUGCAUGAUUUGUGUACUUGGGACCAAGAAUAUUGCUCGACUCCUCGACAUAAUUAGGUUUCGAUGCAGCGUAGGUUUAUUUUAUAUGAAAAUAGAAGGAAAAAGUUCGGGACCAAGCUCCGACCUCGAGGGAACGCCGGUUCUCGAACGACUGCUUGUUCGAACGAUCGCAGUUUUACAGUAUAUCUUAUUAUAAUAAUUAAAUAUAUUGAUUAUAUAUUUGUUCGUGUACAUGUAUAUAUAUUUUGCAUAUAAUUUGAUCUCUUGUACAGAAAUCAGUUGUACAUUACAUCUGUAUCUACUAUAUUUAUAAUAUAUAUUAUUUUGAAAUAUUUUUAAUCAUGUCUUAACAAAGAAGUAAUUCAAUUUCAAUGUUUAUAGAGUUGAAGCUAAAGAGUUAUGGGAGGGUGCUCAACCCUGGCCUUUAUUGCUAGCUCCCAAAUCUGCCUUCAUGGGAGGGUGCUGGACCCUGGCCUUUAUUGCGAGCUCCCAAAUCUACCUUCAUGGAGUCCUGCUUUCUUAGAAUUAAAUGAUGAAGAUAGUCAAACUGUUUUAUUUAAAUAACUUACAUGGUUACAAAUACUUACAAACUUAAUCUAAUAGUAUAUGGCAGUUAAAAGCAGCUAAGUUAACACAUUUCUAACACUUGUUGGUCAUUUUUUUUAAAUAUUUAUGUCUUUUUCAUUCAGAACAACUGUGACCUUAAAUCCGUCAUUAGCUCCCUGUUUCUUUUCUGCAGCACCCUGUCCUUUUUAAACCCUGACUUUAACCCUAUAUGUUUAACUAUACAUUCUCUUAAUGAGAACAAAAUUCAUCAUUGAGGCUGAAAACCCAAAUCAUUUGAAGAGCUUUUUAAUUAUUUGAAGAGUUCUCUAAUUAUUUGAAGAGUUCCCUAAUUAUUUGAAGAGUUUCCUAAUUAUUUGAAGUACUCUCUAAUUAUUUGAAGAGUUCCCUAAUUAUUUGAAGAGUUUCCUAAUUAUUUGAAGUACUCUCUAAUUAUUUGAAGAGUUCCCUAAUUAUUUGAAGAGUUUCCUAAUUAUUUGAAGUACUCUCUAAUUAUUUGAAGAGUUCCCUAAUUAUUUGAAGAGUUUCCUAAUUAUUUGAAGUACUCUCUAAUUAUUUGCAGAGCUCUCUAAUUACUUGAAGUGCUCUUCAAAUAUGUUAGUUUAUGUAGAUAUAGCAUUCCAUAAUAGACCAGAAUAUUGUCAUAGUGAUUCGGGUAAAUAGAUAUAUUUAAUCUGUCGUCUGCAACCUAAUUCGAUGUACGUAUAUAUACACACAUAUUGGUUGGUAAACAGACUACUGACUGAUGUUCAAACAAUUAUAUUAAAACCCUUCAUUUGUCCUUAAAAUACCCACCUAGUAAGAAAAAUGUCCUCAUUUUAAAUAAAUGGCAUCGUUAUCUUAUAAGAUUGGUUAUGGUUUUGAAAAUGUUGCAUGUAGAUAGUGCCUGUAUUAUUAAAUGUAUUUAUAGCUCCAAUCGUAAACAGAGUAAUAGCAUAUAUUUUGGGGAAGGUUACCAUGCACCAUUAUAUAUAGUAGUAUGAUGUUAUUUUUAUAGUAAAAGAUUGACUAUCAUCGUGUAACUCGUGUUUGAAGUGUGUUGUGUACCAUUUCAAGUUAAUUGUUAAACAUCUAUUUUGGCAUUCGAAUGAGGAGAGUAAGAAAAAAAAAUACUUAGUUUUAUAAAGAUUAAAUUUGGUCUCUUUUUCCCUAUCUUUCACACUAAGUAGAAAUUAUACAAUUAUUUUGACUUUUUUUUAUUGUUUUUUACUCAAAAAGAUUUGAAUAUUUUAUUAUCAAUUUUGUAAAUUAAAUAUCACACUUGUUUCAAAACGUUUUUAUAAUUUUGUUAAAUAAAAUUCCUGACCUUACUGACAAUACCUUGUCUUUCAUGUUUUGUAUGAAAAUCAUUCCUAAUGCAUGUGAUAAAGAAUGUAUUUUAAUUAUUUGAAGUACAAUAUUGUAAUUGAUUGAAUGUUUCAUAUACAUGAUAAUGUGUUAAGUUUAUAAAAGGCUGUUAAAUUUAGUUGUUGAUUGGUGAUGACUGGAAAUACAUUGGUCUUGUUA